AUGGGCGCUCUCUCCGGUAUAACGUGGCUUCUUCUGGCACAGUCGGCUUCUGCAGAGCUUCUCAGCGGCGAGGUGCUGUCAGAGAUCUGCGGUGCACAGGACCUCACCUUGUCACCGACAAACCCAUGCUUCUUUCGGCUCUUUAGUAUGGCGCAGGUGUGGGACGAGUGUGAGACGCACAAGGACACCAAAUCCUGCGUUGCAUCCUGCUUUUCAGCCAGCUACUGCGAGAGCUUGUGCGAGCAUUCAGCAAGUGCCAAGUGCGAUUCGCAAUGCCCCAAGCUGGUCGCUUGCAUGGAGGAUGUCAACGGUGCUGCAGCGACACGGUCCUGUUUCGGCGGAUCGAUGCCGUCUUCCUCCGAGGACGAGAGGUCGCCCCUGGAGGAUUGGCUCAGCUUGGCCGGUGUCGAUGCAGAGGCGCAAGCGGCACCUUCGCCGGCCGUCGCUCCCUCUCCGGCUUCGGUCUCUCGACAUCAGGUGCCGAUACCGGCACAAAGCCCGGCGGCAGCGCUGCACCGCAUGACCGGGUACCCGGCCAUCCCGGCCAUCCCGGCACCUUCGCCGGAGCAGGCCAUCGCGCCCAGCCCCUUCAGCGCCGAGGUGGCGCUGAGACCGAGCCGCACUGCCACUGCUUCGACGACAACGCUCCCAGUCUCUGCGGCUCGGGUCACCGUUCCGGAACACAGGGCCGUGGCCCCUGCGAAAGAGGCUGCAGAGGCCCAUGGCUGCCUCUGCAGCCUGACCGGAAGGCUUCAUGGGACCAGCACCGGACGCCUGGGCUGCGCAGCCCACGGUCAGGAGCCAGAGGUGCACAAAGAAACUCGCUACUGUUUCGUGGAGGGCCCUUGCAAAGACAGGGACUUCCAAGCGGUGAAGUCCUCUGAGUUUCCAGGUCUGUACUUCAGAGAGUGCGGCGCCGUCGACAACCUUUUGGCGCUGUUUCCGCAAAGCUGUCGGGCUGGCAAACUACAGCAAGCAGCAGGGCUUCACAGCACGAAGACGGCGCUGUCCAGACUUCGAAGCUUCGCCAAUGCUACGCUUACUGAAGGCAUCUCGCCUUCGCAGCCGCUGAUGGAUGCAAAACGGCUCCUCCGAGCCUUGGAUGCGUUGAAGGGCUCGGAGAAGGUCGGCUCGGCGAAGUCGGUGCAGCUCCUAGCCAACGUGCUUGGUGACAAGGCCCUGAAGUGUGUGGGGAGAUGCGAGGGAACGGUCCCUUGUGGCCUGGGCGGUGAGCAAGAGCGGUACAGAACCUCCCGAGAAGAAGAGCUUAUUGGAAAUUGGACCAAGCUGGAGCUCGGUCUGUUGGCCGGAGCGACGAACAGGUGCCCCCGACCACUACCCCUCCUGGUCCCGGGUGGUAUGGUCACUCACUUCGGAGGAGCUCCCCUUGAGCCAGCGGAGCCGGCAGAUGUCUAUGAGCUCAAGGCCUGGCCCAUCGGCUUCGGCUCUUUCUCGGAGGUCCAUCUCGCAAGACAUCGCCGGACCAGGGUGCUCCGGGCCGUGAAGAGGAAGAAGAAGGCCGAAGGGCGCUGUAUGGUAGCCGACACCGACGAGGUACAGAAGCACCCUUCCCGAGAGCCCAGCAGACGCCGGAGGGAUGAGGCCCAGGAAGUUGAAGUCUUGCUGCGCCUGGACCACCCGAACGUGGCAAAGCUCUACGAGGUCUUCGAGUGCCAGGACGACCUGUACCUCGUGAUGGAGCUCCUGCAAGGCGGGAGCCUCGCGGAGCUGCUGCUCCCCAACCAUCGCAGUCCCAGAGCCAAGGCGGUGCAGUCCUGGGCAGCGAGGGAGGAGCCACCGGAGCCACAGGCCGGUGAUCAGGUCGCAGGAUCCGUAGAAGGACGCGUGGGAUUGCAGGAAAACGAGGCAUGCCGGUUAUUUUGGCAAAUGCUUUCCGGCAUUCUGCAUUUGCAUGGUCACGGUGUCAUGCACCGUGACAUCAAGCUCGAGCAUUUCAUCUUCUCCAGCAGUGACAAAACUCAGGCUCAGCUCAAGUUAGUGGAUUUUGGCCAUGCCUGGCCGCUGCAGGUGCUUUACGGGGCAGACGGAAGGAUGGUUCAGGAGCUCACCAUCCCGGGGGGCGUCGGCACGAACCACUUCAUUGCGCCUGAGGUGAGGGACGACAGUGAAGUCGUGGCCCACAUGGCGGACCGGGCCGACAUUUGGUCCCUCGGCAUCUGCCUCCAUGCGAUGCUGACCGGCAGGCUCUUGCCAUGCAGAACCUCGGGCAUCAGCAAGGCCUCCCGACUUAAGCAGCGGGGCUCUGCGGUGCCGCAGGAAGCCAUCGUUUUAUGCGACGGGGAAAGCCUCUCUCCCUUUGCGCAGGAUCUGUUGCAGUCGCUAUUGCAGAUGCUACCGGAAGAUCGACCGACGGCCGAGCAAGUUGCCAGACAUCCUUGGCUUGCGGCAGCUACGGAGGCCGAUUUGAGCUAUGCCAACACGGUGAUGCCCAGGUUCAUCGGCGACCUGAGCAUCGUAGCGGAAAUCAAAGCCAUGAGACGUCUCUUCUUCCUUGCAAUCGCUCGUGAAUUGGAGGAUUCCGAAACGCUUUCGCUGCAGCCGGUGUUCCGUGCCAUGGAGGUUCAGUGUGGAGGCCCACUAACUCAGCAGUCCAUCUCCGCUGCAGUGCAGAGGAUGGAGAAGUUCUCCAAGCUGAAGCCGAGCCAAGAACUGGUCCUACAGCUGAUGAAGGCCCUGCUUUGUGUGCUCCCUACAAUCAACUGCGACGGCUCGGGUGUCCUCGGCUGGAGCGAAGCUUUGGCGGUGGUGCUUCUUCUUGAGACCCAGGAAGGGGUGCGGUCCUGGAUGCUUGGACCAUGGCAGGACUCUGCCGCGGAUCGGGCCUGCAUCCAGGCCUUCGACAAGCUGGCAAUGGGCGACACGCGCAUCACCGCGAGCUCGCUUCGCCGCAUGCGCACCUGGGCGAGGGUGAAACCUCGAGAGCGGCUGGAGGAGCCCGAGGACAUGUUCACAGAGCUAGGUUGGGAGGUCGGCCCUGGGCUCUCGCAGAGGGAUUUCCUCUGCAUUCUCCACGAGCUGCCACAGCCGGAGCCACUGACGGACACUUCCGAGCCACCCGAACCGCUGCCGACUCCUUCGCGAUUGGAGGAGGAGUUCCCCCGAAGGAGCUCCCUGGGGAGCACAGAGGAGUACGUCUGGGAUGGACCUUCGCCAUGA